CAGCCGGUAGAGAGUCAGACACGCGGCUGGUGUUUUGGUUCGCGCCUGUAGUAGCUGGUGUGCUGUUCUGUAUGGGGAGCUGUGGUUCCGUGUUUCCGCACGGAGCGGUGUAGGGCGGGCGCUGCAGAAGCAGCACGCUAGAUGUGUGUGUGUAGAAGGAGCACAGCGGAGCAGAUUAACCAGUUUAUAUCAGAUUAUUAUUAUAUUUACACUCAUAUUGAGUCUCUCAGGGCAUUUUCAGCGUUAACUCCAGCAGCAGCCUCGCUACAAUGAAGAUAAAGCGGCAGAAACAGGCGAAGAAAACUCUGAGUUUUUAUAAAUAUAACUUCAAUUUUCGGGAGCCUUUUCAGAUUUUAGUGGAUGGAACUUUCUGUCAGGCAGCUCUGAAGAAUAAGAUACAGAUCAGAGAGCAGAUACCAAAGUACUUCAUGGGAGAAGUUCAGCUCUGCACGACAAGCUGUGCACUGAAGGAACUUGAUAGCCUUUCAGAAGAUCUUUACGGCGCCAAACUCAUCUUGCAGAGAUAUCAAAUACGGAAAUGUAAACACAGCAAGGAGCCUGUCCCUGCGUCCCAGUGUCUGCUGUCAAUGAUCGAGAAGACAAAUCCCCAUCACUUCUUUAUUGCCACACAGGACAGAGAGCUGACGAAAGGCGUGAUGGAGACUCCUGGAGUGCCUCUGAUCUACAUUAUCCAAAACACCAUGGUGUUGGAGAAGCCCUCGGCGUGUUCAGUGAAGCAUGUGGAGGCGGCACAGCUGGGUGAGCUGGUGAGCCCGACCGAGCAGCAGAGCAUCCUGAACCUGAAAGCUGAGCAGGGCCUCAGCAAAGAUGGGGAGGAGCAGCAAGGCAAAAAACGCAAGAGGAAAUCUGGCAACCCCAACCCUCUGAGCUGCCUGAAAAAGAAAAAGAAGCCAAUGCCACAGCAGCCCAAAAGGACAGAAGGGGGGAAAAGGAAAAGGAGCAGGCACAGGAAACCAAAACCUGCUGGUCUGACUCUCAGCACUAACCCAAAUUCCUCUAGUGCUCAGACAUAACCUGUGUUCUCUAUAUCUGUACAAAUGCUGCGGUGUGAUAGACUGAAUUUAAAAGAAUCCAUAUCCAAUCCCUGUUCUGUGAGCAUCAUAUUUUCUAUUAAUAUGUGAUAUCAAAUAAACAGCUGUCUGUUGUA